AUGUGCGAUAAGUCCGGGGGCGGCCGGUCGUGGCCAGGCCAGCAAGAGGGUCACGACGAUGGCGGUCUUGUUCUUCAGUGCGCGCGGGUCUACGAGAGUCUGUUGCACACCGCGGAGGAGUGGGUUUCAUCGCAGGGAAGCACUGUCGGAGGAACGUCGUGCCAGGCAUCGGCGGCGGCGGCGGCGGCGGCGGCGAAUCGCUUCGGCGGCGGCGGAAGGAGAGGUUUCCGCGGCGAGGAGAGCGUCGGUCUGGCGGACCUUGUCUUCAGCUCAUACGAGCGCACCCUGUCUUACCAGUGUAACCUGAUCGCCCAGUCCGAGAAUCUUACCCACGACGUCGCGUGGUUGUCUUGCUUAGGGGCCGCCGUUGACGCCACCUCAGCGGUGCUGUUCCACAAGCGGCGGCGAGAGGAAGCGGCAGCCCGCGGUGGUAGAACCAGCAAGAACGGAACGAUGGGGUCUUGGCAGCUCUUGAAUGUGCGGCCGUCCUUCGUAAACACCCAGGAGCUAGAUCGUGACUGCAGUGGUGGUAGCGGUGCUAGUGGUGGUGCGGUCGGUGGUGGCGAACAGGAAUAUUCUAUCGCUCCCGGCGAAGUCAGCAUACCUGCUUCGUGCUUGGAGACCAUCCUGAAGGUGGUUGUGGAGGCAGACGUUGUCUCCUGGAUGCUGGAUCUGUACGCUCAGUGUGGGGGGGACACAUCUUCCGGCGGUACCACCACUCAUUCCUCGCAGUCUUCCGAGAGGUCUUCGGACGUUGUGGAUGCACACGGUGCGACGACCUGUGCCCUGCUGAUGGAGGUGUUGCAGAGCUUGCUGGACGCGCAGGGCUGGGUCAACGGGGUGUGUGCCCACGGAGCCGACCGCCCAUCUUACGAAAUGGAAUGCGGUGGCAGGGGUCCAACGAUCGGAGAGACGGUGCGCUUGAUGCUGCAGUCGUGGACUACGAGGGGCGUCAGUGGCGCCGAGGAGGUGCAUAUGCCUCUGGAUCAGCACGUCAUGUCUCAGCUUGGCAAGAGGGCAGACAAUGGCGAUUUGUGCAAGCUAGUGUGGUGGUACCGAGGACGAUACAACCGAGUAGAGGCGAAGCAAAAGGUAUUACUCGUGAGCGUUAGCCCUUCCUUCUUAGGCGUGCUGCACCCUCAUGUGGGAUGCAGAAUCGACUCGGCGGUGACCCUACUCCGCUACAUCAAGACCCUUCCGGAGGCGGUAUUUUGCCUCAAUCUGUUCUCUCACAUCGUACUAGUGGAGGGUGACAAGAUCGAUGGAGGCCGCGGUGGGGAGCUGUCCUCUAGGUUGAGCGAGGACCUGUCGGCAGCAGUCAAGGACUUGCUUGCUCGGUUUUCGGUCGAAGAGGUAGCCCUCUCCUUGAUCCCACUGUCCGCAUCGGCCAUAUCCUUUGCCCUUCUGGCAGGCUGCGAGGCGUUUGUCUCCAACUGGUUAGUCGCGGCGCCGCUCGCCCGGGUCAAACGAGCCCUGACCGAGUUUGGUGCCUUUUGCGAACGACAAGGGACUCCUUCCUUCUGCGACAAGCCAAGCAAGGGCUAG